AUGGAAAGUGCUAAAAAUCGAUUAUGGCUGUGCGAUUGGUUAAAAGAUUGGACUGAAGAAGAUUUUCUUCAUCUGGCACCAUCUGAUGAAUUUUACGUGUGGGUCGUUCGUCGACCAAAUUAUCAGAACGAUCGAAUUUGGGCAAAAAGCGUCGAUGAUAUCGAAGAAGACGAACGUUAUCGUGAAAUGGUUAAAAAUCAACCAUGCAUUGAAAUUUUUGAGAUAUUUACCGCUAAAAGGUUACAUUGGGUGGUUAAAGAUAAAGGUGAAUCUUGGACUGGUCAAUAUUUUCGUGAUAUAAUUUUGACUGAACGCGUCUUUCCAUUCUUAAAAAAUGAAGAAAAUGUUAUUGAUCCCGAUGAAGUUAUAUUUAUCAAUGACAAAGCACCAUGUAUGCGAGCAUAUUAG